AUGAGGCAUCUACAGAGUUUUUACCUUCUACUCCUGGUGCUCUGUGGAGGAGUCGCCACUUUCCCGCUGACGGAGCGGACCGCUGCAGCCGCCCCGGGCUGCGCAACCUGCGACUCCCUGGCGCUGCAGAUCCAGAGCUCAGCGGCCGAGCUCCGGGAUGCUCAGCUGUGUGAGUAUUUCUCCUUCUGUGACGGGGACCAGGGAUCGCUGCUCACCCACGACUUCAACCUGCCGCAGAUCCGAUCUCAGGACCGAUGUACAAAGAUCAGUUUCCAUAAGGAAACGUGCCUGAAAGCGAUUGCAAAAGGCCUCCAUAAAUACAACCCUUUCUUAUUGCUGGUGGAAACAUCCAUCGUGCGUUCAAGUGAACAAAUAAUAUGGAUGCGGUCCAGUACCCAACGCCUCGCGGAACUGAUAAUGCACCAGUUAAAUGUCGAGUUUGGCAUCAGUACGGUGAGCGAGAGCGAGAUGGAAUCAUCUGCCUUAGGCUUAGUGACAACAACAGAGUGGAACAGACAAGUGAAUGCGCAUGUCAUCCUGCGAGACUUUGUCCGGUUCAUGGAGAAAUCAGCCCGAGCUCUUCGCUUUAUGAGUCUGUGAAAGUGGGAUCACCGCUAGAAUUGGCAGAACCACUUUUUAUAUAUACCACGAUCUAUUUAUUUAUUUAUCUAUUUAUUUCCCAAUGAUGA